ACAUGAUCAAAUUUGACAAUGGAAGCAAAGACAAAGAUAAUAGUGGAUAUGCAAAUAUCGGAGCAGCCUGCUCGAGUACUGGAAUUGGUGAGGGGGAAGAUAAAGCUCAUACCUACGAUGGCGUAAAUACGCUGGCCCAUGAAAUGGCCCACUCGUUGGGGUCUCUUCAUGAUGAAACCCCAGAAUGUCCAUGGUCCGACGGAUAUCUCAUGAGUUACGUGGACGGAGGAUUGAGGAAGUACCGGCUCUCUAGAUGCAGUCAGAGGAAGAUUAGGGAAUACGUGCGGAAGCAGACGGAGGAAUGCAUCAAAGUUCUGAACCAGCAGAACUACAUGAAGAACCAGAAGAAAUUCCCAGGGCAGACUGUUCGCGAGUCGUAUUAUUGUACGCAAAAAGUGAAGGAAAAAGCGAAAGGGAAAACAAUCUUUGUGGAGUGGUGGUUGUGA